AUGGCGUCUCGACCCUCGAAAGCCAUGAAAAUUGAAAAUACUAGCAGGCAAGUUUCAACGUGUGAUCAACUUAGCAAAUUACCAGACUCAAUUAUCAUCCACAUUCUUAGUUUUCUUCCAACAUUCGACGCUGUGUAUCGUGCCGGCUUCGUCUCAAAACGUUUUGUUUCUCUUAGACUCUCUCUUCCCUCCCUUGUUUUCCGAAACAAGGACAUCCCAUUUCGUCAAGAAGAUAAGUUAAGUCGUUAUAUCAAUGAUGUGUUGGUUUCCCAACAUCGUGAUAAUCUCCGCAGGUGUUGCUUCCAUAUUCCUUAUCAUCCUCGUGAUGAUCAUGAACUUAUUGAUACAUGGAUAAAAUUAACACUUGAUCGCAAAGUUAAAGAGCUUGAAAUUUCACUUGUUAGAUCAAAUUUUCGUCGUUAUUAUUUAUAUUGUUUACCAAGAUUCUUGUUUAGGAACGAGAUUUUAACAAGUUUGAGUUUAAGUAGGGUUGGGUUUAAGGUUGCUAAGGAGAUGCAAAUUAAUUGGAAGUCUUUGAAGAGUUUGUCGAUGAAACGUAUAACAGAUUUAAAUGAUGAUAUGCUUGGAAAAAUAUUGAUAGGUUGUCCUAUAUUAGAGUUGUUGGAGUUGAAAUCUUGUGAGGGAAUACAUAAGUUAGAUGUUGUCUCUCAAUGUUUGAAGGAAUUGGUGAUUUAUGAUUGUGUAUCUAGUUAUAAACGUGGGGAAAUAUUAAGAGUUUCUGCUCCUUCACUUCGAGUUUUGGUUAUUUCUGGCUCUAAUCACUAUAAUGAGUGUACACUUGAGAAUUUGUCGUCGUUGGUCGAAGCAACUAUUGAUAGUGAUAGUGAUAGUGAUAGUGACGGUGAUGAUAAUAAUGGUGAGGAUGAGAAUGAGGAUGAUGAAGAUGGUUAUGAAUAUGAUGAUGGGAUAGACUUCUUUGGAAGUGUUCAACAUGUCAAGAAACUCACUCUAUUAGGAACUUGGAAUCUCCAUGUGAGUAUUUACUACUUUAUGUGA